UUUGACAACAAAAUAUGAGCGUGUGUAAUCAUGAGUCAAUUUAACUUUAGCAUUCAGCUAAUUAAUGAAAUUGUUGUGUUUUUCAAUUCUUAAAUAUUUUUCGUGGUAAAGGUAAUGGAGUAUGGGGGCAUGUUUAAGUCUUGAUGAAGAGGAAAGACGAGCCCAAUUGAGAAGCAAUGAAAUUGACAGACAACUCGCUGAGCUCGCAAAACAAGAGAGAAAUGUCAUUAAGAUAUUGCUCUUAGGAGCUGGAGAAAGUGGGAAAAGUACACUUGUCAAGCAAAUGAAAAUAAUACACAGCGAUGGAUUCACUACAGAAGAACUUAAAAGUUUUAAGCCCACUGUGUUAGAUAACAUUCUUAGUUCCAUGAAGUAUGUGCUCACUGGAAUGGGCAUAUUGCGCAUUAAUCUCGAAAAUGCAAAAAACAAGGCACAUGCUCAAUCCAUAUUGUCUUGUCAGUGCUGCUUUGAUGAGAAUUUUGUCAUGCUUCCAUUUGUAGCCAAUGCUCUAAGAAAUUUAUGGAAUGACAAAGGUGUACGUUUAGCGGUUGCCCGAGGAUAUGAAUAUGAAUUAAACGAUUCAGCUCUUUAUUUAUUUGAGAGCAUGGAUCGCAUUUGCUCAGAAAAAUAUGUGCCAACUGCCACUGAUGUACUCAGGGCCAGAGUACGUACUACUGGCAUCAUUGAAACUCAUUUCAAGAUAAAUGAUUUUGUGAUAAGAAUGUUUGAUGUUGGGGGACAAAGAUCAGAGCGAAGGAAGUGGAUUCAGUGCUUUGAUGACGUUGGAGCUCUUUUGUUUGUGGUUGCUCUCAGUGGUUAUGACAUGGUACUGCAAGAAGAUUCAUCCAUUAAUCGUCUCCAAGAAAGUUUGCAUUUAUUUUCUUCAAUAUGCAAUAACCGGUUCUUUAUCAACACAUCAAUAAUAUUAUUUCUCAACAAACUAGAUCUGUUUCGUGAAAAAAUAUUAUAUUCUGGACGUCAUUUAAGACAUUACAUGAUUGAUUAUGAUGGACCUGAUUAUGAUGUUGAUAGUGGUGCACUUUUUGCUCAGCAUAAGUUCCAGGCCCAAAAUAAACAUUCUGGAAAAGUGAUUUACCCACAUUUUACAACAGCCACAGAUACAAGCAAUGUUCAAGUUGUUUUCCAAGUCGUUAUGGACACAAUUGUGAGAGAAAAUUUAAAGACAGCUACAUUGUUGUAAAGUUAAACGUCCAUUUUGUAGUGCCAUUUUGGAGCUGUAAAUAUAAUCCUAUAAUCAUUUUUAUGCAAAUGAAUACAUGAACUGCAUAUUUUUCUUUUGAUACAUCUG